UCAUUGGACGCUUAUCUCUCUGUCCGUCUCUGUACAGCUUGAGACAAUGUUCGUUAGAGGGGUGCGUGUGAAAGUAGGCGUUUAACUCUCGCUCAGUUGUCCAGCAGUUGGACCGCAGAACGUUGUGCUAGUCCGCCAUUCGUACAUUGGAGCAUCGUACCGUUUUAAGCCGUGUAUCCUAGUAUAAGAGUGCUUUACCAUCUCCGGUCGGCUUCGGAUGGUUUUCAGUCGGUAGAUCGUCCUGCAAAGAGGCGUAAGUCUAGCGCCUUGGAACGGAACACCCACCCAACAGGUUUGAAACAAGUUCGGCCUCGGAACAGACAGCGCAAUUGGGGCACGAUGGCUGAUGUUACGAUUUUGAACGGCAACGCACAAUCGGUCGAGUCGAUAAUCAAUGAAGAUGGGCUGUUUACCACCGAGAGUGUAAAGCGGCCUGGCCCAAGCGUGGAAGACAUCAGUCGCUCGCUGCAACGAUUCAACUGGCCCGACUAUGUAGUGUUUGUGCUGAUGCUGAUCAGUUGCAUGGUGAUCGGUGUCUUUUUCGGCUACAAAGAUCAUCAAAAGCAUAAGCGCCAGAAGCAUGCACGGCGCGGUUCGGAAGCGCUGGACUAUCUGGUCGGGGGCCGGAAGAUGAAAAUCAUUCCCGUAGCCGUGUCGCUGGUGGCGAGCUGGAUCUCGGGCAUCUCGCUGCUCGGCACGUCGACGGAAAUCUACGUGUACGGCGUGCAGUACUGUUACAUCGUGUGUGCCGUGGUGCUGAUGGGCCUGUCGAUGAACUACAUCUUUUUGCCCGUCUUUCACGAUCUUCAGAUAACAUCCGCGUACGAGUAUCUGCAAAUGCGAUUCGACAAGCGUAUGAGAUUGGUCGGUUCUAUACUGUUUACCCUGGCUAGUAUCCUGUGGUUGCCUAUAGUGAUUUAUGUUCCAGCGCUUGCAUUCAAUCAAGUUUCUGGUGUGAACAUUCACGUGAUUACUCCGAUUGUCUGUUUGGUGUGCAUUUUCUAUACAAGUUUGGGUGGAUUGAAAGCUGUCGUAUGGACCGAUGUUAUUCAAACCGGCAUCAUGGUUGGUGCAAUGAUUAUCGUCAUCAUCAAAGGAACGGCGGACGUCGGAGGGCUUAGUGUAGUGAUCGAAAGAAACUCGGCGGGCGGAAGAUUCGAAGCUCCUGACUUCAAUCCGGAUCCUACGGCACGUAACACAUUCUGGACACUGCUCAUCGGUGGUACCUUCUUCUGGACGUCCACCAACGCCAUCAACCAGAACAUGAUGCAGCGCUACCUGUCGCUACCCUCGUUAGGAUCCGCGCGAAAGGCGCUGGUACUGUUCCUGAUCGGAACAACCACCUUGCUGGCCAUGUGCUGCUACAAUGGGCUGCUCAUUUUCGCCAUGUACCACGACUGUGACCCGCUGACGACGGGAUUGGCAAAGGCGAAAGAUCAACUGGUGCCACUGCUCGUGAUGGAAGUUCUGGGAGAGUAUCCCGGACUGGCAGGGUUGUUUGUGGCGGGCAUAUUUAGUGCCGCGCUAAGCUCACUCUCUACCGCGCUGAAUUCGCUGUCCGCCAUUGUGCUGGAAGAUUUCUGCAAACCGUUCGUUUCGAAACCACUGACCGAGACGCAAACGCGAUACAUUAUGCGUUUUACCGUGUUGGCAUUCGGUGCACUGGCCGUAAUGAUGGUGAUCGUUGUGGAGAAGAUGGGCGCUGUGCUGCAGUUGUCGAUGAGCUUGGGACCGGUCACGUUGGGACCACUGUUUGGUCUGUUUCUGAUGGGUUUCUUCUUUCCGCGUAUCAAUGGAAGUUGUGCCAUCGUAGGAACAACGGCAGGGUUGGCACUGAUGUCGUACAUCGUUAUACGGUCGCAAAUUUCGAUUGCCCUCAAGGAAAUCGUAUUCGCCGAGAAACCGGUCACCGUGUCUGGCUGCCAGUAUGAGUUUACCCCGAAGAAUGGAUCGUUGUUCGUGGAAGACUCAACGCCCGGCGAGAAAUCGCUGCACCAUGUGUCGUUUCUGUACUACACGAUGAUCGGUUCGGUGGUGCCUACGAUUGUGGGCUAUCUGUCCUCGUUCGUACUACCGCGUUCGAAAACCGACGACAUCGAUCCGCUACUAUUGGCACCGUUCCUGCGCCGUUUCUAUCACACUCGUGACAGUAAGGCUAAUCACAUGACAGAGGUAUUGCAUGAGUUCGAAACCAAAGACAUUCAGCUGUAAGUAGCGAGCGUGGCCGAGAUCAUGGUACAAACCGAGCGCCACUAUCACUGUACAUUAAUUGUUCGGAUUAGAGUAUUACUGAGAGGUUGGAGAUUGUAGUGUAGCCAGUAUGAUUACAGUGUUGAUACGCGAGUAUGUAAAAGAGUUCACAACUAGUUGAAUAUUCCGUUCUGGCAAGAAAUAAAAAAGCUAUUCAAUAAACAACCACCUUACACGCCAGUCUUGUAAUGUGCAUUGAGGAGAAGCGUA